AUGGACGACGGCGACGACGCCGUGCACGUCUCCGUGUCUCAGCCGCCAUCGCCCAUGGCCGGACGUCGUUCACGGCCCCAAUUCGGACGGAACCUGUCUGCCGAUCCUUCAGCCUCGUUCGGCCCCGAUGAGCGCUCCCCGCUACUCGGCACAUCGAGAUCACGAAUCCGCUUCCACAACCGCUCCAACUCUCCCCUUCUCACGCGAAAUCAGAGUUACACAGGCAGCUUCCGUCACCAUAGCCGCCAUGGCUCAUACGGCCACCGAUUCAUGCCCGCCCUCGGCGGCAGCAACGCAGGCAGCACCGUCGGCCGCGACCCCCUAGCAGAGUCCAAGCGCUCCAUCUUCCCGGACGACCGCGUCUGGUAUGAUCAGUUCACUAGCACUGACUGGGUCCACGAUGCCAUCGCCGACUCGUACCGCGUGAAGGCCCUGCGCAGCCGCAAGGGGCUCAUCGGCCGCGUGGGCGUCAUGCUCGACGGCGUGCAGGGUUGGAUCCUGUCUGCUCUGUCGGGCUUCAUCAUUGCCCUGGUCGCCUACGUCGUCAACGUCUCGGAGGCUACCGUGUUUGACUUCAAGUACGGGUACUGCCGUGGACGGUGGUACCUGCCGGAAAAGCAAUGCCCCGAAUGGAAGAGCUGGUCCAGCGUGUUCAACUACCGUCCAUUCGGUGACGAGGGGACCGAAUUCACCGUCUACCUCUUCUGCGUCGUCGGCCUCUCGCUUCUCUCGUGCUGGGUGACGCUGUGGACCAAGACCGUCGUCCCCUCAGCGUACCGUAUGACGACAUUCGACGAGGACCUGGGUGCGCAGGGUGCGCCGGCGCCGACCCUGGCCGAGGACAUGGGCACCGACGACGACUCGACUGCCCGCCCCGCCGCAGAGGCCGCCCACCAGAACCCCCCGAUGGUCUACUACUCGGCCGCGGGCAGCGGUGUCGCCGAGGUGCGCGUCAUCCUCAGCGGCUUCGUGCUGCACGGCUUCCUGGGUCUCAAGACGCUCCUGGUCAAGAUGCUCGCCCUGAUCCUCAGCGUCUCGUCGGGUCUGAGCAUCGGCAAGGAGGGGCCCUACGUGCACAUCGCGACGUGCGUAGGCAACAUCGCCUGCCGCCUCUUCUCCAAGUACGACCGCAACGACGGCAAGCGACGAGAGGUCCUCUCUGCCGCGGCCGCCGCGGGCGUCACCGUGGCCUUUGGUGCUCCGCUCGGCGGCGUGCUCUUCAGCCUGGAGGAGGUGUCGUAUUUCUUCCCGGCCAAGACACUCUUCCGCACCUUCUUCUGCUGCAUCAUCGCCGCCCUGUCGCUCAAGUUCCUCAACCCGUACGGCACGCACAAGACUGUCAUGUUCGAGGUGCGCUACCUCGUCGACUGGGAGUACUUUGAACUCGUCGGCUUCAUCUUCGCGGGAAUACUCGGCGGAGCUCUGGGUGCCCUGUUCAUCAAGGCUUCCAAGAUCUGGGCCGAGAGCUUCAGGCGCAUCAGGCUCAUCAAGAAGUACCCGAUGCUCGAGGUGUUCCUGGUGGCGCUCGUCACGGGCCUGCUGAGCUACUGGAAUGAGCUGGCCAAGCUGCCCGUCGCCAAGCUCCUCCUCAACCUCGCUUCGCCGUGCGAUAAUCCCAACCUUGACAAGGACGAGCUGGGUCUGUGUCCGAGCUCGGUUGAUGACAUACCGCCGAUCAUCGUCACUCUCAUGAUUGCAUUCUUGAUCAAGCUCGUCCUUACGACGAUAGCAUUUGGCAUCAAAGUUCCAGCUGGAAUCUACAUCCCCUCCAUGGUCAUUGGCGGUCUGAUGGGCCGCAUCAUCGGCCACCUGAUGCAGUGGCUCGUCUUGGCCACACCAGACUGGCCCAUAUGGGGCACGUGCGCCACCGACAUGGACGGGACGUGCAUCCAACCGGGCGUGUACGGGCUCAUUGCCGCGGGCGCCACAAUGUGCGGCGUCACCAGGCUCUCGGUCACGCUCGCCGUCAUCCUGUUCGAGAUCACGGGCAGCCUCGACUACGUCCUUCCCUUCUCCCUGACGGUCCUUGUGGCCAAGUGGACGGCCGACGCCAUCGAGCCCAACAGCAUCUACGACCUCCUGACCAACAUGAACUCGUACCCCUUCCUCGACAAGAAGCAGAAGCCCAUCUUCACGGGCGACCUGGCCGACAUCGUGCCCCGCACCCGCCGCGACAGGGUCAUCGACAUUACGCAGUCACCCGUCGUGGAGGCGGCCGACCUGCGCAGGAAGCUGGAGCUGCUGCACCGCGCGGGCGAGAUCGAUGGCGGACUGCCCAUCGUCCGAGAUGACGUUCUCGUGGGCCUGAUACCCGCUCCUGAUCUGCAGUUUGCCCUCGAUCAGAUUCAGGACGAGGACAUGGCCGUGUGUCUCAUGGAACGGCCUGCGGGGAGCAGUGUUGAUGAGGGCUCGGAUGAGGAGAGGGAUCCUACUGAUUUCACUCCUUAUAUUGACCCGGCCCCCGUCGCCCUGGACAUCAAGUCCCCCCUGGACCUGGUAUACGAGUGUUUUGCCAAGCUUGGACUGCGCUAUGUCUGCGUUCUCAAGGAUGGUAAAUAUGGCGGUAUAAUGCACAAGAAGUCGUUUGUCAAGUUUGUCAAGGAGCAGGAGGAGAAGGAGUGA